AUGGUCGUGAGCACGGGCGUGGACUCUGACGGCGACCUGAAGCUGGUCGACGUAGUGCAGACGGGCGUACUUGCGAUCGCCAAGGCGCUCGAGAUCAACGGGGUAUUGACCAAGUUGGACCUCCAGGCCUGCAACAUCCGCGACGAGGGCGCCAAGGCGCUAGCAUCCGCUCUUCGCGUCAACGGGGUGCUGAAAACUCUCAAGAUCGGCUACAACGAGAUUGGCUCAGAGGGCGCCGCUGCGAUCGCUGAGGCGCUACGGGGCAACGAGGUGCUGAAAUCCCUCUCCCUCACGUCGAACGAGAUGGGCGACGAGGGCGCCGCCGCAAUCGCCGAGGCGCUGCGCGGCAACGGGGUGCUGACCGAGCUCGUCUUUUGCGAGAACAACGUCGGCGACGAGGGUGCCAAGGCGCUAGCAUCCGCUCUUCGCGUCAACGCGGUGACCAACCUCAACCUCUGCAACAACAAGAUCUGCUACGAGGGCGCCGCCGCGAUCGCCGAGGCGCUGCGCGGCAACGCGGUAUUGACCAACCUGCACCUCGGCUGGAACGAGAUCGGCGACGAGGGCGCCAAGGCGCUGGCCUCCGCUCUGCGCGUCAACGGGGUGGUGACCGACUUGAACCUCUACUACAACAAGAUCGGCCCCGAGGGUGGCGUCGCGAUCGGCAAGGCGCUCGCCGUCAACGGGGUGCUGACCAGUUUGAACCUUAGCAGCAACAGGCUGUGCGGUCUUGAUGACUCGGGCCGGGGUACCUACUCGGCCGCUGGCAUCACAUCGCUUGCAGAGGCCCUCAAGGAUAACAAGGUGCUGACCAACCUGAACCUCUUCGACAACAUCAUCGGCGUCGAGGGCGCCAAGGCGCUGGCAUCCGCUCUUCGAGUCAACGCGGUGCUGACCGACCUCAACCUCCGCGAAAACCAGAUCCGCAACGAGGGCGCCGCUGCGAUCGCCGAGGCGCUGCGCGGCAACGGGGUGCUGACCAACCUGAACCUCUACUACAACCAGAUCGGCGACGAGGGCGCCAAGGCGCUGGCAUCCGCUCUGCGCGUCAACGGGGUGCUGACCAAGCUGGAGCUCGACGGCGACGAGCUUGACCUGCCGGAGCUGCGCGGCACCGACCCGGUCGAGUCCCUCGACCUCUCGAGCAACGACCUCGGACGCGCCUCAGCCAUCGUGAUCGCGUCGUUGAUUGCGGGCAACGAGGUGCUGAAAGAGCUCAACCUCCGCGGUAACCACAUCGGGGACGAGGGCGCCACGGCGAUCGGCGAGGCGCUGCGCGGCAACGGGGUGCUGACCACCCUCGAUCUUUGCGCCAACGGUUUGGGCGACGAGGGGGAGGGAGUGAUUCGAGAUGCGGUGAGCGGGCGGGUAGGGUUCGAGCUCAGGAUGUGA